AAAACUUGAACUCCAAUUCUUCAAGGUUUCAGAUUUCAAUGGAUUCCGCAUUGUCCUCAACGUCAAUCUAAACGUGGAAGCGAAAUAUUUAAUCUAGGGAUUAAUUAAUCAUGAUUAUCAGCAUUUCUCACAGACUAAUCUAGCGAAGACAAGCUAGGAUAUAAUUACCAGAAAAUAUAUUUUUUGGUAUUUCCACUAGACAAAAUGGAAAUAUUUGUCACAAGCUUUUUAAUGUUCAGCUUACUGAUAAACCACACAGUUCAAACAUCAACUAUAAACAGAACUGAACCCUUCACUUGUCCACCAGUUUUGUGUUCGGAAAGCCCCAGGACAGACCGUUGUUCAUGUCAGAAAGACUGCUAUUUAUACGAUGAAUGUUGUUCCGACCGUCUUAAUCACACAACUUCUGACUUCGAGACUCCAUAUCCCUCAAUGUCUUAUAGUUGUAACAAUAUUAAUGGUGGAAAUUACUAUCAAUUUCACCGCUGUCCAACUAACUAUGAUAUAACGGAACAUGUGAACAACUGUGAAAAUCCUAACUCAGACGAACAACUACAUCAUGUACCUGCUUUUGGUAAAACAAGUAAAAAACUCUAUAGGAACUUAUAUUGUGCUCUCUGUCACAGAGAAGAAUAUAUUUUGUGGAAUGUUUCUUACCAAUAUUUCUCUGGGGAUGAUGAUCCCAAAAUCACUUUUGAUAACGCUUCACAUAUUUUCAAUAAUGAAAGUAGUGACAUAGACAAACAAGUCCCUUCUCACGAAUUUUACCAAUAUUUGUAUACAUGCACUUCUCAUAUUUCGGUUUGUGCGCAACAUAGUACCAAUAAAACAUUAGAACAUCUAUGUGAGGACAAUGGUAUGAGACUUGUUAAUGCAAAUAAUACAGUGUUUAGAAAUAUUUACUGUGCACUUUGCAAUGGUAUUGAAAUUGAGGAUAUCCGAUGCGACAUCGAUAUACCAUUAUAUGAUUUUCGAAAUCAAAAGAGAAAAGCAACUCCUUCUCUGAUGAUAAUUUUUCGUGACCCUAAAAUAUCUAUCGAAAUACAAUAUAAAAUGUCCUACAAGGAAUAUAUUUCUAUGCUCUCCUGUGCGAAAAAUACUCUCUACGAUAAGAAUACUCAGGAAUGCCGACAAAUCUCCUCUAAUUCUACUCUAAAUUGUACUACAACAAGAUUAAAUGAAUCUGAGUAUUACAUCACUAAUGAUGGUCUUCUCUACCUGAAUAAAACCCAUCUUUUGCUGAAUCAAUCAGAUUUCGGUUUUGAUGAAGAUGGUACAAUUAUCAUCUGCGUAAAAAGUGUUAUCAAUGUAUUACGAAAGUAUUCCGAUGUUGAAGCUUAUAUCACAUUAGUGGGACUAGUGACCUCUAUUCCAGCUUUAGCAAUCACUAUUAUAGUUUAUCUCUGUGUACCCGAUCUCCGUACCUUACCAGGUAAAUUACUCAUUAGUCUUUUAUCAGCAUUGUUUGUAGCUGAGCUUCUCUUUCUUAUCUCAUCACAAGUCACUACAUCUACAGUGCUGUGUAAAACUUUAGCUAUAGUGAUACAUUAUUCUUUUCUAGCGAGUUUCUUCUGGAUGAAUGUUGUAUCAUUCGAUGCCUGGUACACUUUCUCAGGACUUACACAACUUCGAAUUAAAAGAAACGGUACCAAGAGACUUGUAUUUUAUUCCUUGUAUGCUUGGAUCUGUCCAUUUGUAAUAGUAACAAUAUCACUGAUAUUUGAGUACACACCUGGAAAUCAUGACCUUUCUCCAGAAUAUGGAAACGGUAUUUGCUGGAUUACAAACGGAAAAAGUCUGCUAUGGCUGUUUGGAUUCCCUGUUAUGCUAAUUUUGUGUCUUAAUAUAACAGCAUUUAUCCUCACUAUUAGAGGGCUAUAUAUGUCUAGCAAACUUUCUGCGAAAUAUUUAUCAAAACAUAAUAAAUUGGAGUUCAUUGUAUGCAUAAAACUGUUUUUUAUUAUGGGACUUACGUGGACAUUUGCAUUCCUGUAUACCUUUACACAAAUUGAAGAAUUUUCUCUAAUAUUUUGUAUUUUAAAUUCUUUUAUUGGAUUAUUUAUUUGUCUAUCAUUUCUCUUCACAAAGAUCGUCUGCCGCAAUAUAUUUAAAACAUUUCAUCUUAUUUCAAAAUGGCUUCCCACAGAAUUUAGUGAGAUAUCUUUAACUUCUCAGAAAACUUCAUCGACAAAAAUACCAACAAAAGUUUCGUUUGAAUAGUACAAUUGUUGUUCGGAGAACGAAACGAAUUUCAUAGUUUUUCAUACAAAGGCAAACAACAUUUUCGGCCUUUGUAAUGGGGCAAUAUGCU